GCGGCGAGCGCCAACACCCACCGACGACCACGACGACGACCACGAGCAUGCUGCGCGCCCUCAGUGCUUCACGGCCGCCCGCGCCGACAGCAGCGCGUGCCUUCUCGACGAGUGCGAGCGCAGCCGGCGGCCACCGCGUGCGCAAGACGCACAACGCGCUCAAGGAGCAGCGCUGGGUGCGCGAGCAGGCGCGCCGCCCGAACCCCGUCCUCGGCACGCGCCCGGGCGAGGAGUGGAAGUGGGACAAGUGCGACCUGGCGAAGAUCCUCGUGCUGGAGAAGGACUUUGCCAGCAUACCCGUCACGGAGGCGCGGCACAAGGAGCAACUCCCGGUCGGCGAGGUCGAGAUGCCCCAGCAGUUUGCGUACGGCGUGCACAAUGAGGAGAAGAAGGUCCUCUUCCGGUACCUGCCAUACCUCAGUGCGACGACGGAGGUCUUGACCAUGAACGAGAACGACCCGAAGAAGGUCGAAGCGAUCAAGGCCGGCGAGGCUGCCGAGUUGCAGAAGAGCCAAAACUUCGCAAAGCUCAUUGACUUGCGCAACACGAAUGCUGCUGGUCUCGCGUACGAGAACCGGAAGCGCAUCAUCGCUACCUUUUCCGAUCCCUCCAAGCCAGACGACCCCGGCCGCACCGAGGUUCAGGUCGCUAUCCUCACCUACCGCAUACGCAAACUCUACGAGCACUUGACGGGCUUCAAGCGUGACGUGGGCAACCGGUUGCCGUUGCGAAAGCUCGUACAUCAGCGAGCAAAACUAUUGAGAUACCUCAAGCGUGUAGACCGAGCGCGGUGGAACAUUCUUCUUGAACGAUGUGGGCUGGAGCCAGACGCCGUUGAGGGGGAACUGAUAGUAUAGUUUCCUCAUCGUCGUUCCUGUUGCUCUAUUGUCUGACAUCUAUCCUUGCUCACUCCCGUCUCUUCACUGCAUCCCUCGUCUGAUCUACCAGAGUGCGUACGGACCUCCCCAAAUCACUUAGUCGGUAGGUUGCUCGCCCUACGCCUUCGAAUGCAUUCGACAUGCGCAGAGUCAUGUUUCGCUCCAUCCUGAAGGAGACGCUCGUUUCGAAAUGGUAACUUUUGACCCG